AUGGGCUCCAGCAUCUUCCCACUCUGCCUGACACUUCUGCUAUGUCCUGCCUAUGGUUCUCCAGUCUCUGUGGGACACCUCUCCAGUGAAGCUGAUGCUGGAGCUGGUGAGAUAUUCAAAGACAUUCCCCAAAUCAACUUGGCUGCUGGACUGGACCUCUUUCAGGGUGAUAUCUUACUCCCUAAAAAUCAGCGAAAUGCCUUAAGAAAUGAGACCUACAGAUGGAAGUUCCCCAUUCCCUAUAUUCUGGGUGAUGACCUAGACCUGAAUGCCAAAGGAGUCAUUCUCCAGGCAUUUGAAAUGUUCCGCCUGAAGUCCUGCAUUGAUUUCAAGCCAUAUGAAGGAGAAAGAACCUACAUUUUCUUUAGCAAACAAGAUGGGUGCUGGUCCAUGGUGGGGGACCUGCAGACUGGACAGAACCUCUCAAUUGGGUCAGGCUGUGACUACAGAGCAAUUGUGGAACAUGAGAUCCUGCAUGCUUUAGGAUUUUACCAUGAGCAGUCGAGGAUGGACCGGGAUGACUAUGUGAAUAUCUGGUGGGAUGAAAUUAUUGCAGGCAAAGAGCACAAUUUUGCGAAGUAUGAUGAUACCUACAUUACUGAUCUGAACACCCCCUAUGACUACGAAUCAUUGAUGCACUAUGAACCAUUUUCAUUUAACAAAAAUGAAAGUGUCCCCACAAUCACAGCAAAGAUACCAGCGUUUGAUGACAUAAUUGGACAACGUUUAGACCUCAGUGCCAUUGACCUGGAAAGACUGAAUCGCAUGUACAACUGCACUUCAACUCACACCUUUUUGGACCAGUGUUCUUUUGAGUUUGAAAACAUCUGUGGUAUGAUCCAGGGCACUAACCAUGAUGAAGACUGGGUGCACCAACAGGGCAGCAUGAUGGGGCAGGAGGACCACACACUUUCUGGGCAGUGUAGAGAUGCUGGCUACUUCAUGUAUUUCAACACCAACUCUGGCCAGGCAGAUGAGGUGGCAGUCCUAGGGUCCCGAAUCCUUUAUCCUAGGAGAACUCAGCAGUGCCUCCAGUUCUUCUACAGGACCACAGGAAGCCCUUCUGACAAACUGAUCAUUUGGCUUAAAGAGGAUGAUGGCACUGGGAACAUUCGCAAGAUGAGGAAGAUUCAAACCUUUCAAGCGGACAGUGACUCCAACUGGAAAAUUGCCCAUGUAACCCUCAACGCUCAGAAGAAGUUCCGUUACCUGUUCCAAGGACUGAAGGGCAACCCCAGCUCUUCAUCGGGUGGGAUUGCCAUUGAUGAUGUGACUCUGACAGAGACCCCCUGUCCCACAGCUGUGUGGGUCAUUCGCAACUUCAGCAAAAUCCUUGAGAACUCAUCCAUCAGCGUUAUUGAAAGCCCCCGGUUUUACAGCCCUGAGGGUUAUGGAUUUGGCAUCAGCGUGUUUCCCAACUACCAGAACACUGGCUAUGCUCGCAUUGCCUUCCACCUGUGCAGUGGAGAGAACGAUGCAGUUCUGGAGUGGCCGGCUCUGAACCGCCAGGUCACGCUCACGGUGCUGGACCAGGACCCCGACAUCCUGAAAAGGAUGUCCUCAAGCAAAAGCUUCACCACAAGCAAGGACCAUAUUGACUCAAGUAAUGGAACUAUAAUAUGGGAUAAACCAUCAAUUGCUGGAAUAUUUGAUGAGUCAUGCAAUUGCAACAGAAGUGUAGCCUGGGGGUGGAGUAACUUCAUAUCCCACAGCCAGAUGAGACGAAGAAGCUUCCUGAAAAAUGAUGACCUGAUUAUUUUUGCAGAAUUUAAUGACAUAAUUCACCUCAAUAACACUGAAGUUCCUGUUGAACCUGUGCAAUCUGCCCUGAUGGAAGGCCUCAUUCUUGAAAGGCAGAAGAGAGCAGCCCAGGGCAUGGAGCCUGUUCAAGCUUAUCUGCCAGACCCAUGUGACCCAAACCCUUGUCAGAAUGAUGGAAUCUGUGUGAAUGUGAAAGGAAAAGCAAGCUGCAGGUGCCCAUCAGGACAAGCCUUCUUCUUCACCGGUGAGAGGUGUCAGUCAAGGCAGGUCCACGGGAACAUCCUGGGAAUGUCAAUUGGGGGAAUUGCUGGAACCAUUGUCUUAACUAUCGUCCUCAUUUCCAUCAUGGCUAGAAGAUAAAAAACUGCAGGGGUGACACAUUUCAACCUGGUUCAUAAGAUACCCAUUUUCAGUGAAAAAUGAUGAAUAUAACUUGGAGAACACCAGUCAUCAUAUGGAUGCUCUGCCAACAGCUUGGCAGCAAGCUGGUUUUUCUGAGGGAUGUGGUAUUUAAAGUGUGUUAUGUAGAGCUGCUGUCUGAUGAAAACUGCCUUUCUUGUGUGUUUUUUGAAAGUUUUGUUUCUUCCUCCCGUAGCAAGCAGCAGUGCUGAGAGCUUAUGCAGGUACUCUCAGCCAUGGUUCAAACUUAGACUAAAUUACUGGUUGAACCUCUCAAAACACUGUUAACAAUCACAGCAAAACACAUGUAUUAAGAUUCUGGAAAUGUUCCUACAAAAAUUGCUCAAGAAUUCUAAAGGGUACAAAUACUUGUGUAACUCAGUACAUCAUCACUCACUUUCCCUGGGGCUGUGCUGGUUUACUUACACCAAUUAGCUAUUACACAGAAUUCAUAAACUCUUGCCAAUACCGCCUUGCCUAUACCAAACCAUCAUAAGUGCUUUUAACUGCAGAGAACAGUUUCCCAUCCAGAUUCACCCCAAACUUGCAGGAACAGGUUCACCAUUGGCAAACACAGGCCUGAUUCCCUGACAUUCAAGCAGAACUGUACCACCUGUACAUACCUGCAGUAUUUGAUACUGACCUCAAAUCUAAAUCUUCAUGAUUCUACCAUACUGUACAUAAAAUUUGGUAGCAU